GAUGUGUGUCAUACAGAUGCGGUUGGGUGUCAUACAGAUGCGGAUGUGUGUCAUACAGAUGCGGCUGGGGGUCAUACAGAUGUAGCACAUUCGACCAGAGGAGGAAGAUUACCAGAUGGACUUAAUCACAGCUCCAGUCAAUUUGGAGCUGGAAACCGGAAGCUGAAGCUCACUCGUGUUCACAUUAGAGUUAAUUUAAGUGUAAUAUUGUGUAUGUAUAACAUUAGUGCUCUGGGUGCAGUAACUUCCUGGAGUCUCGGCUGUCUACCUUUAGUCUUCGUGCUAAGCUAACCGGCCUCAACGUAUCGAUCUGGUUUAAACUCGUCGCUUUCAAAAGACUUUAACGUGUAAUGAGUACAUUUUUACACAUUAUUUGAUUAAAUCCACUGCGUUUGUUUGCACGAGAGACUGCUCACAAGAUCAAAACGAGCGGGUCACGCUCAGAAGGCGUUAUAAUGUAACUUAUUGAGUGAUGGCGAAUCAAUGAGUCCCACAAUGGGCGCAGUUGCACUUGAUGACAUCACUUGGAGUGACAGGGCAGCCGUGUUGGGGAGGAGGAGGAGGAGGAGGAGGAGGAGGAUCUCUUCCCACAAGUUUACUUUGCCCUUUGCGGGAGAUGAGAGCUUCAGCCUCGGCAAACCAGCCGAGACACGACCAGGGACGGGGGAGGAACACUUUGAGAGCACGCUGCGAAAUCUGCUGAAUUCCGGAUUAUCUGCGGGUCAUGGCCGGGGUCGUCUAGUCGGGAGUUGUUCUCGGAUUCUCGGGUUGUGCGCCGGCAGCAGAGCGGACCUCGCGCUGCGACUCCAGGCGGCUCUGGAGGAAACCAUAUCUGGUCAAAGUAUUCGUUGCUGUCACCCAGCGGGACUGUCCGGCUAUUAAUAGCGCCGGAGGAGGUCUCUCUCUCUCUCUCUCUCUCUCUCCCUCUCCCUCCCAGAAGCGCUCCAGGCACUUGGCUGCCUUUUGCUUUUACUUCACCCCUGAGCUGGAGGCCAUUGAGGUGUGCUGUCCAUCAUGUCGGUGUUGAAGAAGGAGAUGGAGAAGUACAGGGACAUAGACGAGGACGAGCUGCUGAAGAAACUGUCAGAGGAGGAGCUGCAGCGAUUAGAGGAUGAACUAGAGGAGCUGGAUCCUGAUAAUGCAUUGUUGCCAGCUGGGAUGCGGCAGAAGGACCAGACCAAGAAAUCUCCGACGGGAAUGUUUCAGAGAGACAACCUGCUGGCCCAUCUGGAGAAGCAGGCCAAAGAGGAUCCUGAGGCAGAGGACCUGGUGCCCUUCACAGGGGAGAAGAGAGGGAAAGCCUUCGUGCCGAAAAAGAUGGUGGACCCCAUCAUGGAGAAUGUGACUCUGGAGCCGGAGCUAGAAGAAGCCCUGGCGAGUGCAUCUGAUGCUGAACUCUGUGACAUCGCAGCCAUCCUGGGUAUGCACACCCUGAUGAGUAACCAGCAGUACUACGAAGCCCUGGCCAGCAGCACCAUAGUCAACAAGCAAGGCCUCAACAGUGUGAUCCAGUGCACCCAGUACAAACCAGUCCCUGAUGAGAAGCCCAACUCCACUGACGUAGAAGAUACCCUGUUGAGAAUGAAGAGGAACGACCCCGACCUGGUGGAGGUCAACCUCAACAACAUCAAGAACAUCCCUGUCAAGACUCUGAAGGCGUACGCUGAGGCUCUGAUGAAGAACACUGUGGUGGAGAGGUUCAGUAUUGUAGGAACCAGGAGCAACGACCCUGUUGCAUUUGCCCUGGCAGAGAUGUUGAAGGUGAACACGACGCUGAAGAGCCUGAACGUCGAGUCCAACUUCAUUACAGGGACAGGAAUCCUGUACCUCAUAGCGUCACUGCAGUACAACACCAUACUACAGGAGCUCAAGAUAGACAAUCAGAGCCAGCCGCUCGGCAACAAGGUAGAGAUGGAGAUAGCCAGCAUGCUGGAGAAAAACACCACGCUGCUGAAGUUUGGAUAUCAUUUCACCCAGCAGGGCCCGCGCCUCCGAGGCUCCAACGCCAUGAUGAACAACAACGACCUGGCUCGGGUUGUCAGGUCGGAGUCGGACGGCUCCUUCACCCUCACUCUGUCUGUUCCUGAGCUGGAAAGGGCCUUCGGGAAAAAGUUCAAGUCCAAGACUAAUAAGAAAGAGAAGGCUUGAGGGAGGUCCCAUCUUCCCUAAGUCUCGGACGAAUAUGUAGAGACCAGGGCUGCCCUCGUUCCCCUUCGACCCCUCCCAUCUUUCCAAACCCCGUCCUCUCCAGCCUCCUACCCAGAAGACCACGGCCAUCACUUCAGGUUCAAUUGUCUCUGAACUCUUUCUACUUUCCGGACUCUUUUUUUUUUUUUUUUUUUUUUAAGAUAUUAAAGGAUCCAAUGGUAUUUAUCAGCAGUGCCUUUCUGAGCAUUCAGUGCAAAAGACAAGAUUGUGAGCUUAUUUCUGUGCUCUGAAGUUUAAAUGUUUGACUUGGGUUUGAGGCGUGGGCAUUGGCUGUAGCUCCUUGUAUGAACUAACCAGGCAAGCCUUUGCCAUUGUGAAUCCAUUAAUAUCUCCUCGAGAGUCUAGAGUCCUUAAUAAAGGGGGCUGGAGGUCUGGUUUGAAUGAGGGGCCACUGAAAGGUGACGGGACACUUUUAGAAAUCCCUGUUUCUAUUGAUGUGUUGAAUGAGUUCUAAUUAUUAUUAUUAUGCUGUAAAUGAGUUGUGCUGUCAUUACUGCUGUUCCCAAAAGCUUCUACUGAUGCUUCAAGGUACAUAAAAAGGUAUUUUCUUCCAAUUAUUCACUAAAGCCAACGUCCCAUUUAAGUUUAAUAGACCGAAAGAAAACUCUUUUGAACCUCUGAUGUUGCAGCCUUUUGUCUAAUUCGGUCUAAACUGUAUUUUUGUGACUCACAGUCCUCAAAUACUAAGCUAUACAGAUUGUUCAGUAAUUGACUUUUAGAUUUAUAAACCUGGCUACUGUGAGAAUUGUCGCUAUAUACAGAUUAUAUUUAUUUGUGACAGACCUGGGAAAGAGUCAGAAGCCACUCAAACACUUAAUUUCAUGGAUUGAUUGUGCUGGACAGCGUGAUAACUUGUGUAAAAAUGUUUCUGUAAAUGAAAAUGUACACUCUAAUUACACUUUACAUUGUUAUCCAGCAUUUGUGUUAGCGGUCCCUGCAGAGCCUUCCUGCUAGCUGGGAAUGGCAACUGCCAACUUUUAUUUACGGACAUUAGCUAUUCUAUGAACCCACUGUAUCAUAUCCUACCAACACCGUGUUGUUUUAUAGAAUUCCAACUGUUAGAUUUCACCCAAAAGUAUUUGAAUGGACUUCUGUCACACUUUCACCAGGUCUGGUUUGUUGAUUGUUUGUGGUUAUUUUAUAUUUACUGUAGCUAAAAUGUGUGGUUUGAUACAAAAUGGUUGGUACUGUUGACUUUCUGUUUGUUACAGGUUUCACAUUAACGCCUCAGUCCAGUUUUGGAUCAUUUCAGUGGACACAGAUUUACAAACACAGGAAACCUCUAAUGUCAUUACAGCUGUCAAAUUACACAAAUCCAUCCAUUGUAUUUAAAAAAGAUAACUCCAGUUUUAAAAUGCUUGUUAGCUGUAACGGGUCUUAAAUCAACUCCGGACAUCUGAAAUAUAAUGUUACGCUCUGAUACUGGAUGGAUCCUUUAAGAGUUCACGAUGGAAAUGCUCUUCUUAUUUAGGGCAAAACAUGCGUGUGAAUGCAUGUUUAUGUCCUUGUUACCAACUACACAAAUACGUGCUGGUGAGGAUCUACUCGACUGCGUAUUUUGCAGCACUUAAUUCAAAUUAACAGUACAAUGAGCUGCUCAUGUAACCAGAAACUAGAGCUAAUAUUUUGCUGUCUGAAAAUAAAACUGCACCAGUAACAAUUGCCUUGAAAUGGUCUGCAGGCUUGUUAUGUUUUAAUGGCUCAAAAUGAAAUGGGAAUUUAUUUUUCUGCUUCAAGAAACUACAAGUUGCAGACUGGAAGGUGGAUUUCACCUGACUGUAUCAUCCAUGUUUCCUUGAUGUCAACAACUGUACCUGAUACUGACAGCAUGCUGGAGGGUUGGAGAGACCUUUUAAUGUUAUUUAAUAUCACUGCGUUGUUGCUCUCUCGUCAGUGCUGUGGGUGUUGUUCAACAAAUGGUAAUUAUGGAUGUAAAACAAUAAGUAACUGAAUGCCUAGGGGCAAAAGAGGCCACUCAAAGUCUUUGUGUCCAGUUUUCUUCUGUCUUGUGUUUUCUGGUAUUUUAGCGUUUGACUCUUUUGUUAGCUAGUUCACCUUUUUGGGUUGAAUUUUUGCAAAUAAAUGAAUAAAUAAAGAUUUAAAUAUG